ACAGAGGAGGGAACUUUGCAUUGGAGCAGUGAGGCCAAAGUUGCAGCACAGGGGGCUGAACUUGUGCACCCCUUAUUUUUAAAGAGUUUUUUUUUUAAGAGUCUUUAUCAGAGGAAUUGAGUGAGGAGUGGUUGAAAACGGUGAGCUAAAUAUCAGGAUCGUAACCGACCGGAGCCAGGAGCGGAAAACACCCUUUGCCUGCUGAGUGAAACUAACCUGCAUGAAAUCAACCUGCUGUUGCAAAGUUUCUGUGGAGAUUGGAAAAUCCCACUCUGUGAGGCAACACACACUCCAAUGCAGUAAUCUCUUUAGAGCCUGAUCAAUGCAGGUGGCAGUAGUGUGGCGCUCUUCGCAGCAGUCUGCGCCGUUGAACAGUGGCAAAGAAAUUCACAGUAAACAUAGACAUACAGUCGCUAUAUCAAGAGUAAACUGGGCUCGGAGAACCUCUACGGAAGGCACAGCUUUCCUCCCAUAGUGAUGUGUUUGUCUCAUCUGAGUUAGUAGUGGAGGUCCUCAUGUAAACCUCCCCCUCCCUUUCCUGGAAAGACCUCCACCGACCCGAUACCACCUCCUUCCUCCUCAUCUGCCUCCUCUUCCUCCCUCCAGCUGCCCCUGUGAUGCCUCCCUCGUGCUUUGGCUGUCUGUCACAGUACACCCAUCAUCAUCUGGUGGUUUUCCUCCUCACCUUCUUUAGCUAUGUGUUGCUGCAUGCAUCCAGAAAGACCUUCAGCAAUGUGAAGGUCAGCAUCUCGGCCCAGUGGACGCCGUCCGCCCAGAACGACAGCGCUCCUGCGUUCUAUCCGGACGAGACAUGGGAGAACCAUCACCUGUUUGCUGACGAAAAGCAGGCCACGCUUUUUUUGGGAGCUCUGGACUCGAUCUUCCUCUUCUCAUACGCGGUGGGUCUGUAUCUGAGCGGCAUCAUCGGGGACAGAGUCAACCUGCGCUACGUGCUCUGCUUCGGCCUGUGCGGAUCCGCCAUAGUGGAGUUCCUCUUCGGCACCCUGACCGAAUGGCUCCACGUCUACAACGUCUACCUGUACUGCAGCCUGUGGGUGCUGAACGGCCUGCUGCAGUCGGCCGUCUGGCCCUGCGUGGUGGCCGUCAUGGGCAACUGGUUCGGCAAAACGGGGCGUGGCUUUGUGUUUGGACUGUGGAGUGCCUGCGCCUCAGUGGGGAACAUACUGGGUGCCUUUCUGGCCUCAAGUGUGCUGAAGUACGGAUAUGAGUACGCCUUCCUGGUGACUUCUGUGGUGCAGUUUGCUGGUGGGGUGGUGGUGUUCUUUGGCCUCCUAACCUCGCCGAAAGAAGUCGGUUUGCACUUGGAGUUGGAAACUGGACUGAGCCCGGUAGAGACGGACACGGACAGCCACAGACCGCUGAUGAGUGACGAGGAGGAGGAUGAACAGGAAGUGGAGACGUACAGCCAACGAUGCCGUGCGGAUCAGCCACCGGAGGAGCCUGUGGACGAGCCUCCUCACGCCAUUGGCUUUUUCCAGGCGUUCUGCCUUCCUGGAGUCCUGCUAUACUCCUUGGCGUACGCGUGCCUGAAGCUGGUCAACUACUCCUUCUUCUUCUGGCUGCCGUUCUACCUGAGCAACAACUACGGGUGGAAGGAGGCCAAGGCCGACCGGCUGUCUGUGUGGUACGAUGUCGGCGGAAUCGUGGGGGGAACCCUUCAAGGUCUGAUCUCUGACUUCAUGGGGAAGAGAGCGCCUGUGUUGGUCUUCAGCCUCGUUAUGGCAAUGGGCUCCCUGGUGGGAUACAGCCGUUCUCCUAAUGACAAGGUGAUCAACGCAGUGAUCCUGGCGAUCACUGGCUUCUUCAUCGGCGGGCCGUCCAACAUGAUCAGCUCGGCCAUUUCUGCAGAUCUGGGGAGACAGGACAUCCUGAGGGGCAGCCAGGAGGCCCUGGCAACCGUCACCGGGAUAGUGGAUGGAACCGGGAGUAUAGGAGCUGCUGUAGGACAGUACCUGGUGUCGCUAAUUGAGAGCAGGCUGGGCUGGAUGAGUGUUUUCUACUUCUUCAUCGUCAUGACAGGGGGCAGCAUUGUCUUCAUCGCGCCGCUGCUUGUUAGAGAACUGCGAGACAUGUGGAGAGACAGGCGAGCUCUGCGCCACCAGCUCUGAGAGCCCGACCGUCGGCUCCGGUUCUGCUCAUUAGGUUGGUACCAGGAUCCAGAAGGUUCGCUGUCAGCCAGAACAGAAACAUUAAAACGUACUGUAAGACUUCACUGAGCUCAAUACAGGGAGGGUUUAGCUGGAGUGCCUGAGGAAUAUGGAGGGAUUUGGCCUGAGCCAUACUGGUGUACAUAUUUUAAUGCUGUAAAUGAAUGUAAAUACUUCUCUUUUUCCUUAUGCACUUCAGUUGAUAUGAGUCUUAAAUCAGGAAUGUAAACUUGAGGCCUGAGGUUAAAAUGACAAAUGUGAAUAGUGAUUGUAGUUUUGUAAUCUUGCAUUCAGAUUUGAGUUUCCUUAAUCGGUCUGAAAAUACUUCAGCGAACCACUUUAAUCUUCGUCUUUGUUUACAAUCCGGGGGAACCGGUCCUGUCGUUCGCUUACGCCACCAACUCAUUUUGUUUUCGCUUUCUUUUCUCAGAAAUGUUUACACUUUUAGUUUCUGUUUCUUAAUUUGUGCAUAACUCAAUCCCUUUAAAUGUGGCGUGGCGUGCUUUGUAGGUUUAAACUCACAGCAGCCUCCACAUUUAUCUAAGCCCUCAUAAAAAAACCCUCAGAUAAAUGUAUCUUUUUGUUCUGUAGCCUAAACUUGCACCAUAAAAAGAUGCUUUAACUCUCAGUGAGGGUUGGGUAUAUCCCCCUACAUCUUUUAUUGGCUUUUUACAAACCCAAUAAAACUAUUUAAAGCAACAAGCAGUUCUUUAAAGAAUCACCCAGAUUAAAACAAUCUAAUUUUAUACAUAUAUUUUUUAUGGAGUUAAUUUGAGUGGAAAAAGCUUGAAAAGAAGUGAAACAAUACUUUUUCAGAAUUGGAAGCUAAUUUUAGCAUUUGGCUACAUGUCCUUUGGAGCAUCCAGCUAAUAAAACUCCACUACGUAGAUGUUAGGUGCCUAAAUAUUUUAAAUUGUUUUUUAUAUUUCAAUGAAGAUUUUCGUAUACAUUUGGUUUCCUCAUCCUAAUUUAUCAUAGUUCUGGUUGUUUUCAAUAUUUUAAAUUAUUGGCAGUAUGGACAGGUGAAGAUGAUCAGGGCUUUUGCUAUUUUAUAAGACCGAUGAAGAACAUCUGUUUCAUCUCCCAAUUUUAAGAAAAAAUUGACAUUAGAAACUUCUCAAAUUUAAGUAUUCAUUUAUUUAAAAAAAUAUGUGGUUAAAUUGUAUACCGUAUAUCCCUAAUGUAUUUCAGUCCAAAGAGCAAAGAAAUUUUGUCAAGACCCACUAAACCUUUUUAACUCUUGGUGAGAAAAAAAAAAUCUGUUUGUCCACCAAAUAAAACUUGGUUUUAUGAAAACAAAUUAAUCUUUUUUUUUUUUUUUACAUUUAAGAGUGAAAAUUAACAGUUUUGCAAGGAUAAAAGUCUUCGUCUCAUAAAAUGAGGCCAUUUGAGUCCUUUCCAAAUAUAAAAACUGUAGAAGAGCAGUUGGCCGCUUAAAAAUACAGGACAAGCUUGAAACGGAACAGAAGGAGAUUAACACUAAAAUUAUUUUUGAUUUUUGUUUUUUCCUGUCAUUUGGUCGAAAACUGCUUUCCACAAACGCCAGCAUCGCAUGGAGGAAAAUGUUUCCUUAAUUACGCAUUUCAAAUUAAUUACUUUGAGAGUAAUUAAUUUUACUUUAAGUAAAAAAUUUUCCAUCAUUGCUGCAGAGAAAAUAAUUAGCUGUAUCUUUAUCCAGGCUGUGCCCUGAGACUUUACAUUUAUUUUUGGCGAACUGUAAAAUCAAACCUUUAUGAACAGUGCAAUCAAAAAUAUUCAAUUUUGCCAGUUGCCAACUUCUUUUCAUGACUAGAAGUACAUAUCAUAAUCGAAAAUGAUUUUAUUUAUUUUUUGUUGCAUUAAUUUUAAUGCUGUCUGAUAUCAGGUCAUUAUAUAUUCAACCAUAACUCUGUUUAUGGGAGGAGCCAAACACAUGUAACAGAUUGUAAAAUAAUUAGGUGUGAAAUUUCUCUUCUGUAUUUUUUUUAAUGGUUUUGUUUAUGUGCAUCUUUUAACUGUAACUUCUAUUUCUGUUUGAAAUAAAUGCAAAGUCGCCUUCAAGCUGCGAGCAGCUUUGCGUCAGGUCCACUAGGGGGCGCAGGUUAAACUUCAAAUUCCACCUUUUCUUUGGAUUCUCCCAAAGCCAGUCAUGCGAGAUCUACAGCAGUGUGAUUUCUCCUCAUAUUUAUUUAUUGAUGAGACAAACCAAACGAAAUGUGUUAUGAAAAGCAGGAGAGCAACAGUACAAAUAUUAUCCAAAAAGAUGGUGAUACAAAGAUACAUGAACCAGCAUUAAAUUACAGUAGAAUUAUUACAAAAUGGUGUACAAAUAUCUUACAUUCAUGCAUGUACAAAAUAAAAUAAAACUAUUAUUUUGCUAAAGCUGCAAAAUAAUAGUUUUCAACCUCUGGAAACGGAUUCAUUGUUUUAUUUAAAUUUUAUUUUUUUCAAUAGACUUCAACAAGGAAUAAUGUGGCUACAAUAAGCUGAAAGUUUCAGUCUGAAGCUGAGUCUGCUGCCCUGUGUCUGUUUUCCGCAGUUUUCGCGAUCACAAUAAAAGUAGUUCUUGGAUAAAUAGUGCAAAGAUAUAUAUAUUUUUUUUUUUUGUAAGAAAUCUGACUUUAUAGUUAGGAGAAAAAAAUAUAAGAAACUUUGAAUUAUGUUCAAAGUUUGAAGACUCUUGGCACACAUUGACAGAUUCAUCAUUAAGCUACUAGACAAAAAAGAUGGAAAAGAAACUUUGAUCGAGAUUUAGGGGUUUGGGUGUGACAUUUUCUCAGGACGGUCUGUAUUUUUUUUAACCCACUCCCCCCUCGAUGCCGCUGCACUUACUCCAUCUAUUCUGGGAAAGACGUCAUAUGAAAAGUGAAGCAAAACAAAAGCGGUCAAACCCACCCGCCCACCCCGUGUUCUGACACACUGACUCUUUUCUUCACCACAACAAAACACGACUCUCUCUGUAGUCUUUGCUUUCAUGGCCGCCAAACACAAACAAACUCAGCUUUUUAGCUUGAAUAACCUUAUUGAGGUAGUAAGAGAGGAUAAAUCCAGCAUAUGGCUAUUUGUUUUUAAUUACUGCUGCAAUAUCCUGUUGAAAAAACAAUCCAGUGGUGUCGAGUUUUCUUUUUUUUUUUUCCCACUAAUGUUCACUAGAACUGCUAAUCCUGCUUUGUUUGAACGACAUCACAAGAGGCACAAGACCUGGAAACACAGGAAUAGAUGAAAAAAUGUAAUAAAAUACAAUACAGCAUAAUCAAAACAACUUGUAUCUGUGGUCUAAUGUGAUGCCUUCAGGGGCCUGUCUGCAUUAAACCUGUUUUUUAAUGUCAUUUUACAACAAGAUGGUAAAAAAUAAAAAUAAAAAAUGGUGACAGAUUAUUGGAAAUUCAUUUGAUUUUUUUGAAGUCUAUGCUCUAGAAAAACUGAAGCAGAUGCAGUUUGGUAUUUUAAAGCCCCUUAAGCAAUUUAAAGUGAACUAGUUUGGGAUUUGUUGCUCUUAGUUGCUAACGCAUCGGUUGCUUUGGUCAAUCUUUUUGCAACUUGUCACAAACCCUCGCAUGCAUGCAGAAUCGAGGAUCUGGAUUGCAACAGAACAGGCGAGCUGGACUCUUCAUAUAAAAACUCUUUCGAAGGAAAACAAAAAAAACAAAAGCAGAAGUAAAAUAUUUGACUUCUCUGAGCUAUGAAAACACAACGCUGCGUUUCCCUUAAUGAGUAAAAAAAAAAAAGUGGAAAAUGCUACAUAUUACAAGUAAAAUGCUGACUAAGUCACAGCAAACAGGAUUUUUCAUCACAUUGCCAAAAUAUUACUAAGCAAAAAUAGAAGUUUGCCUUUUGUACAUUAUUUUGUCGUGUUAAACUGUGACGUUUAAAUGACUUCUUGAGUAAAAUAUGCAAUACCUCGCAAAGGAUUCAUAGGUUUUGAAUUUGGAGUUUUACUGAGAUCAUUAGACAGUUUUUACUAUUUUAAGCAAUUUCUGACUGCAUCGUUUUUCCACUGUCGGAUCCCAGUCACAUUCAUUUAGGUUUUAGGUUGUAAGUGAAAUAUGUUGAAUGCUAUUGUAAGGCACUGCAGUUCAGGGAGUUCUGGCACUUUAUUUUACCUCGUUUUGCACAAUGGACAGUCAUCUUUUUACAUAUAUAUAUAUAUAUAUAUAUAUAUAUAUAUAUAUAUAUAUAUA